AAUAACCUGGCAAUCAGCGGUUGAGAUGACAACUGACGACGCCACCAAGCAGAACAGUAUCAUCAAAAUAAGAAUUUUUCCUGCAAAAGAGCUCAGCUAAAAGCCUGCUAAAUCGAGUUAAUUUACAACUUGUAUUAUCUGUGCGUACGAGAAGUGACAUAAGCCUGUAGUGCACUAUGUACUAUAUAUUACAGGACAUCCACAACAACGCCUAAAUGGGAGCUACAACGAUAGAAAAUGGCAUCCAGAAAAAAGCCCAAAGAAGAAGCAUUUACCAAACUACCACCAAGGCAUAUGGUAACCCCCACGAAAGGACCUUACAAGGGACAUGUGUCAGUCAAAAGCAGUGUUUAUGCAUCGACUGGAUGUACAAGACUAGUAUCACAGAAUAUGGUGCGAGAUCAUUUGGAUGCCCACUACAGAAGAGUUAAUUCAGCAAAAUCUUGCAUUGACAACCAAAAGCCUAAAGCCUGGACUAACAGUACUAAAAAGAAUGAUCAAUUGAAACGACAUAAGAUAAAACAAACAGGAAAUUCUCGACCUUCUUCAAGAGCUAGUAACAUCAGCAGGAACUCUAACCUGGAUCAAGAUGAUGAUUUUGAAUUCAAAGAAUUAGAUUUUGAUGAGACUGAGACAGGUCAUGGGUUAUCAUCCAAUAGCCGUCCAUUAACAAACAAUAGAGCAGAGAGGACCAUGACACCAUCUGAAAGGGUGGGGCUUACCCAAAGAUCAUCAACACCAAGACAUUACUCAGGUGAUGUACUUGAUACAAUGUCUACAAGUUUUGUUGCUCCAGCCAGACCUUAUACACCUCGGACAAAGAAGUCAAGUGCACAGUCCUGGCUGUCAAAAUCAAACGUUUAUAACUCACCGAGAAAGAACGCAUCAUCUCAGAAACGAUCAAGAAAAACUUCAGAGGUCAAUGGCAUAAAGGGUCAUGACGACUUCGACAACUCUGUUAAGUACAAGAACGGACUAAAUGAAACGUUCGACAAUGAGACAGAAGCAACAAUGGCAACCGUUGAAGGUUAUAGGGAAACAUCUGGAUGGAUGUCAGACGAUGUGGAGAACAAUAUUGGAUAUGAUAAUGAAGUAAAACCUCUAUACAAUUCAACAAUAAAACAUCAAAGGUUGAAUUCGGAAAAAGCCAUCCAGUCAUCUUUGAAGAUUCAACAAGAGGAGGAGGAAUUGUUGUACUUGGAAUUUGUGACAGAUGUAACUACUGAUGUGCUGAAUCGUGGUGUGUACACUAACAGGAUGCUGAAACAAAUAUUUGAAUCGCAUAUCAAGAAUAAUAAGGACAGAUUAGAUGAGAGUCGAAUGCAGAAUCUAGUGCAGCAACUCCAGCAAGAUUUGGCGAUUGAGGAUGAAGAAGACGUCAUAGAUGAAGUUGGGGAUGCAGCAGCUGGGGUAUCAGAGGACAUAAAAGAGUGACCCCUUAUCAGCCAUCAAUGGAAAUCAUCUCCAUUAAUUACAACAUAAAAUGGCAAUUAAAACGUUUGGAGAAACUAGAGUAUGCUUGGAUCUUUCUGAAACUUGCACUAAUUUAACUGGUUUCAUAUAUAAAUGAAAUUGAGGGCAGUAUACUAUACUAAUGAAUAAAUUCGUCAAUCGGUGAGCUUUAAAGACAUGGUGAUAGUUGUACAGUAUUUGGUUUUUUUAAAUGAACUUUGUAGUCCUUUCUGAAGGUUAUGAAAACAUACAUUCCUGUACAGGCUUUGUUAAAGUGCUAGAAGUCAAGUUUGGGACAAGGUGUUAGGGAAAUUAUAAAUUGUUUAAUCUUGAAAACAUGGGUCUUCAAAAAAAUUUCAUUUAAGAUCCUUCUUUGAGUGGCCUUAAAAAAUAUCAUCUUGAUGUUUUAACAUUAUGGUAAUAUCAUCGAUAUUAUCUUUAUGCGAGUUUAUUAAAAACCUCUAUUUGGCUCAUAGUAGCUACUUACUGUAAAUCCUGUAUAUGAACUAAUCUUAUUUUAAUUAUUAUAAAAGUAUAAUACUGUAAUAGGAAAAUUUUUGUUGAACCAAUGUUUCAGAAUAUAAUAAAUUUUUUUAUGAAAUACCAAAUUUUUGUGUAGGUUAAAUGUAAAUUUUGCAAUAUUAUAUAUAUAAAAUACAUUUUUAUUUAAACAUUCCAUGCAAACAAUACUUAAGUUUGAUGUGUCAUGUUAACAAAUAUAUAUGCUUGUCCAUUUGCCAACCGUCCACAAUUAAUUUAUAGUGUGUCUUCAAAACCACAUUAGAUAAAAUCUUGAUAAAUCAUGUUUAUUAAUGUGGUCGUCCAUUGUAAAUCUGUCCGUAGUAAAGUUGACUUUCGCCACAUUAGAUUUGAUGCAUCAAGUUUAUAAAUUUGCUUAUUCAACUUCUAUCCGUCCACAGUACAAUUAAUAUAGUCUUAAGACGUUAGGUACAGCUUUUUGAUGCAUCACAUUUACAAAUUUUCUAGUCUGUUUUCCUUUCAUCCAUGGUAUAUUUAAUUUGGUGUCAAUGUAUACUUGUGGUACCAAUGUGGAUGCUUAUUAAAUUGUAAAAUGUUGAGAAUUCCUUGGUGUUUAAAAUAGAUUGGUCUAUUCAUCAUUUUCCAGAAGAUGGACAAUAGAGCAUUCUAUUUGAAAUGUCAAGACAUUCUCAACACAUUGCUCUUCUAUUUUAGAACCAUCCUUGUGAGUAAUCCUACUGCAAACACACAUAAAUACUCGAGUUUUAAAAAGCCACAUUAGAUACGCACUUAAAGAUUUGCUCAUACUACUGUGUAUAUCUACUGUGUUCAUCCGUCCAUGGUACUAAUACAGUACUUUAGUACUAGUAAGCCACAUUAGUGAAGCUUAUUCCAUUACAUUUACAUAUUUGCUCGUCCAUUGUGAAUCCGUCCAUGAUACAAUUACUGUAGCGUUUAUAAGCUGUUCGUUGCUCUUUAAAAUGCAUAAAUUGCAACAUUGUAGGCUUGAUCUAUCAGUAUACAGUAUAUAUUACUUGUGUAUCACAUGAUUUAAGAUGGCCUACUAUAUAAUCUACAGCGAUGAUAUAAUAGGAUAAAAAUGUUUCUUGCAUUAAAAUAUAAUUUGGUUUUAUUUACAUAUUUAGCAAUAUUAAUUCGGUACUAAUGCAGGAUCCAUUGACAUUCCUAUAAUAUUACUUUAUUAUUAUUAAUGCAGUACCUGUAUUAUUGUUGCGAAAUUAUUUUAGUAUUUUCUAUUAUACAAACAUUUGGGAUAAAGUACAAUUAAACUAUGGUAAAUCAUACUGUAUUUUGUUUUUAUGCAUUUCAUUAGUGUACUGUAUUUGCCAUUGAAUAAUUUUAAUGCCAAUAUAUAGUAUGUAAUGUACAUUUUGUCUAAUAACAAUGUCAAAUAACUUAUAUACAGUAUAAUAGUAAAAAUAAUGCAAGUGGAGUGGAGCUGUAGCUCUGGGGUAAAGAUGCUUGCUUAGUUCAUAAAUCACCACAUUCCAUCCUGCAGUUUGUAUGUUGUGCACUUGCUUUUGGAUGCGAAAAAAUGUAUACUUAAAAAUAAUGUAGAUUUGUAAAUGUACUGUCAUCGUCUUCUAUGCUUGUAAUAUUGAGGUGCUGCAAAGUUCAACAUUGUUUCAUAAUAGUAAUUGACAAUGCUCUACAAUUUCUCAAUUUACAGUUGCUUUUUGCCAUUGUUAGAUUAGGUACACAGUAAAAAACAUUAGUUUAUGUGUUUCAGAACCAAUGAAAUUAUAUUUAUGCACACUGCAAUACUUUACUCUUGGCCUAAAAUAUGCUAUAAUUUGCAAUAAAAUAUAUGCAAAUUAGUUU